AUGCGUCCAUCGAACUUUGUCGAGACGCCUGAAAUCCGGCUCCAAUGGUUUUACGACAUGGUCGAGGCAGAUCAUGCGCGCCAAAAGAAGCGCACACGCGAAGUCGAUGAGGAUAGCUCGGACGACUCGUGGGCCAUACCUGAGCGUCCGUCGCCUUACGUGUCAAAGCGCGCCCGCAUCCGCCAGGCCAACUACGCGUUCCAGGACGACUGGGGCCUCGGAGAUACUUCGUCCAUAUUGCCUCUACCUCUUGAGCAUGAACUAGAACAGGCGGCACAGACCGACAAUGCUCGACCGCGCACCGCCUCACCAAAAGAGAGGACAGACGCACCGGAUGACGCUCCCCUCCUGCGCUUCGGCAGAGGACACCGCCUAAUUCGACAGCCUGCUCGGAGUCUGCCCCAGAUGAUUAUAUCCACACGUCGUUCCUAA